AUGUUCCUGUCGAGUCGAGCCAACCCUCCCAAACCGCUGAGACUUGGAGGAGGAGGUUCCUCAGAACGAUACUUGUCCAUCAAGAGUCUGCUGCCAUCCACUCCGAUACCGUCCCCAUCACUCCCCUCGAUCCUGCCCCGCCAUGGCAAGAAGCCACCGAAGCUCAAUUCGCGAAGAAUCGUUCGCGGUCUAUUAUGGCUGUCUCUGUUGAUCGGUGUUUACUAUCUGGCCAGGUCCGGCAAUGCCCCAAAACCCGGUUUUACAGACUUGAGCUCUUCGACCUCGCGUGGCAGGGUACAUGAGAUUGUCGAUGCAGCGAAAACCAACGUGCCCAAACAUGCGACACCAGUCAUCGUGACGGACAGUAAGGGCAAGCAACAGUACUGGACCAUUUCGAUUCCUCCCGGAUUGGGAUUCCCAUUGUCGUCGACGGAGUAUGCAGACAUCUGCUCCCAGGCGGAGCAAGUUGCUCGCCAAGUCGCUGGUCGACAUGGCGGUAGCAAACUGAUCCACGGCCACGAUGCUUACAUGCAGUCCGAUCCCAACUACGUCGACGUGGAGGAGGCACAGACUCGAAAUCUUCUUCCGAAACCGAAAGAUGACACAGUCUCAGCAGCAGCAGCAGCCACAAGUGGCCACAUUUUGUCCACAACCAAGUUAAACGACGACCUUCCUAUUUGCAGCAGAUCCCUAACUUAUGUUCUCGACGCCACAGAUGCCGGACUCGGCUCGGCCCUUUUGGGCAUGUGGCUUUCAUACGGUCUCGCGGCUCAGGAAAACAGAACUUUCUUCAUUGACGACACAUUUUUCUGUUAUGGCAACUACAGCACGUUCUUCUCCACAAAUACGACGACCACUACUGCCAGUGGGCAGUCAUGUCGUCCACCACCGCCGUCCCAGCGCGUCCCUUGUCCCCGCCAGGCAAGGCAUCUAGUCGUAACCGGUGCCACGACGCGAUGGAUCUUUGGGGAUGCAUUCCACCAACAUUACACACAGCGUCAGAUCUUCGACAUGGCACGUAAGGGGUAUGAAGCUCUGUUCAAGCUGCGUGAUGACGAUGCCGAGUAUGUCCGGUCACGGGCAGAGAAGCUGAGAUCCAGAGGAGGAGGAGGAAGCUCUCCUUCGGCGCUUCCGUCCGUCAGGGUAAAUGGCAGAGGAUAUCUUGAACUGAACGACAACAGCGACAACAAGAAUGGUCUAUUGGGCAUUCACAUUCGGCGAGGCGAUCGACAUCCGCUGGAGUCUGCCUAUCGACUCUCCUACCUCCCUCCAGACAGAUACAUGGCCGCCGCACGGCGACUCGUCGGCCAAUCCGAGCAAUGGACGUUAUUGCUCGCUUCUGACGACCCAAACAUGUACGACCACCCGGCAUUGGCAGACACAGUGGUGCGGGCGCAGCAGCGCAUCUCGCUGGCCAGCAAGAAGAAGUUGGGAGAUGGCGGGUUGGGCUGGGAAGGUGGGUUCUUCAAGGAUGUCUUUUGGAGUCUGGGGUUGCCGGCGCAUGUUGAGAACGAGAAGCAUGUAGGCUCGCCUGCCCCGACGAAGAAGGCAAACGGUGAUGCUCAUCAGCAGCAACGACCAAAAGAGUAUGACCAUAGCAGCUUGAGUCCCGUCCGCGACUACAAGACGAAUCCGACAGAGGAAGCACUAAAGUUGCGAGAGUUGCUUGGCCGAGCUUAUCUUUUGGAUCUGGCCAUGCUGGCCCAGAGCGAUAAGGUCGUGUGUGGCGUGUCGAGCAAUGCGUGCCGGAUCUUGGCUGUCAUGUUGGGUUGGGACCGAGCCUUUGAGAAUAAGGAUUGGAUCAAUGUCGAUUAUGGCGAUGGCGGUGGUGGUGAAGGAGACUAUGGUUGGAGUGUAUUCGACUACUAA